AUGCGACUGUUCCUGGUGGCCUGGCUGAUCCAUACCUCGACGGCCCAACCUGCUGGACGUGGCGAAGAUCACGAAGGUGAUAGCGAUCCACGGGUGGUGCAGACCGUCAAUGGCCCGGUGCGUGGUGUGUACCGCGACCUCUUUCACCACGGUCUCACCUGGUGGGGCCUGCGCUACGCAGCGCCGCCGCUGGGGGUUCGGCGCUGGCGGCCACCGGAGGUCUAUGACGAGCAGUGGGGUCCCGGAAGCGUCAAGCCUGCAGAGACGAUCCCUCCAGCGUGUUUGCAGCUGGGAGGGUCCGAGACCAAAGGACAAGAGGAUUGCCUCUUCUUGAACGUCUUUGCGCCACGGGAAGCCAAAGACUUACCCGUGCUGGUCUUCUUUUAUGGUGGUGGCUUCGUGGAAGGAAGCAGUUAUGAGAUGGGACUUUAUGACGGACAUCAUGUGAGCGUACGGCAUCAGGUGCUGGUGGUGACCCUGAACUACCGCCUUUGGUCUUUGGGCUUUAUGGCCUUGGACGCUUUGCAGGCUGAGGCAACGGCCAUCGGCGGUGGUUCUACAGGGAAUCACGGGGUGCAGGAUCAACGACUGGCACUCCAGUGGGUGCAGCAGAAUAUCAGGCACUUUGGUGGCGACCCCCGUCGGGUGACCAUCUUCGGGGAGUCUGCCGGAGCGUUCAGUGUGAUGUGGCACUUGGUGAGCCCGCAGUCCAAAGGGCUGUUCCAAGCAGCGAUCAUGGAGAGCGGCACGAGCGAUGUGAGCUUCUUCUUCCAACCCCUUCCACAGGCGAAGGCCUACUACGAAGACUUGGCCGAGCGGCUCCAGUGUCCCAAGAGCUUGGGAGUAUGGCAGCUUCCCUGCCUAAGGGCUUUGCCGGCCGAACGGCUUGUGGAGGUGGAGGCGGGCCUGGAUGGGCAACGGCCCGCCGUCCACUCACCGCUGUGGCCUUUGAUGCCGAACGGUCCGGCGAUCGACGGCACGGAGAGCGGCUUGCUGGAUGUGCCGAUCGAGCUGGUAAGGAGGGGACACUUCAACAAGGUCCCAUUGCUCUUGGGUUCCAAUGAGAACGGUGGCAGCAUCUUUGAGCCGAUGCUUCCCAUGGUGCUGCCGGGCACAGAGCUGCCAGUCAAGCGCCACCCAGAGACUCUGCAAAAAGCCUUGAAGUACUUCUUCCACGAGAAUGUGGAGGCGAUCUACAACCUCUGGGAGUUCCCGGAUGGCGACGUGUUGAUUCGACGCAUGAUCCGAGACCUCAUGUUUAUGUGCCCCUUGCGCGCCCUAGCCACUGCCUGGCACCAAAACCAGCUCAACAGCUAUGUCUAUGUCUUCGACUUUAGCUACGGCUUGGUGAGUUGGUUGGGCCUGGGCGACUUUCACGGUUCGGAGCUGCCCUUCGUCUUCCGCAAUUGGCUCGAGCUCAUCAAGCCGAUUGAUCUUUUCCAAUCCCCACAUCGCAUGAGUGACAUCAUCAGUUGCAACUGGGCAUCCUUUGCAUAUCGACAGGACCGCUGCACAUCCCACGCUGAACGGAUUAAGUGA